AUGAUCUAUGGGAUUAAGAACAACUCAGAUGUUUGGCUCUCAAAUGACGAGGACAUUGGUUCCUUUAUCCAAGAUAUCUUCCAAUCCUUUUUCUCGUUUGAUCACUUUUCUUCCCUUGAGGCUUUGGAGUUCCUACCCUCUUCUGGAAUUCACCUCUUGGAUUUAGAAGCUGACCUUCUAGCUAGUCCCUUCUCGGAGGAAAAGGUCAUGUGGGCACUCUUUGACUUAAAGCCUUUCAAAGCCCCUGGGGUUGAUGGUCUCUAUGCAAUUUUUUACCAAAAUUGCCGGUUUGUGGUUGGUGAUUCCUUCACAAUAAGAAGAGUGUUGCAUAACAUAGUCGUUGUGCAAGAGCUCAUUCACUUCUUGUCCAUUGAGAAUGUUAGGAAAGGUGGUAUGGUUAUUAAAAUUGACUUGGAAAAGGCUUUUGAUUGGAUGGAAUGGAGCUUUAUCAAGGUCGUCUUAGAGCAUUUUCACUUUCCUCCCCCUUUGAUCAAGAUUAUCAUGGCUUGUAUCUCCAGUUCCUCUAUCUCCAUCCCGUUGAAUGGUGGUAUGCUUAAGUCGUUUAGGCCUUCUAGAGCGUUGAGGCAAGGGGACUCUUUCUCACCCUAUAUUUUUAUCUUAUGCAUGGAAUUUCUUGGGCUCCUCAUUAAUGAGAGUUGCCAAGAUGGGGAUUGGAAGCCUCUAAAAUCCUCCAGAUCUGGGCCCAGCUUCUCCCAUUUAUUCUUCGCCGUUGACCUUGUUCUCUUUGCUAAGGCCACCACAUAUGCUGCUAGAGCCAUUGAAGAAGUUUUGGAAAAGUUCUGCUAUUCCUCUGGCUAA